AUGUAUGAGUCCGUUUACCAGUACGUUCGGCAAUGUGAACUCUGCCACCGCAUUAAACCAAGUAAUGAGAACACCAAAACACCUCACGGCGAAUAUAGAGAACCAAAACGACCGGGUAGACAAUUAUCGAUUGACUUCGUCGGUAAGCUGCCCAUGCCUACAACGCGUAACCAAUGGAUCUUCGUAGCCAUCGACUGUUACUCGCGAUAUGUCUGGGUGCAGCCCAUGAAAAACGCAAACGCCAUAUCCGUAGUCAAUUAUCUUCGACAUAUAUUCACGGUGAAUGGCUGCCCCGAACCCAUUAUAUCAGAUAAUAGUCCUCAAUUCAUCAGUCAAACUUUCGCUAAGCUUUGCGCCGAUUAUAAUAUCAAACACAUGAAAACGCCUUUGUACCAUCCACAAGCCAAUCAGGUAGGGGCGACAAACAAAAGCAUUAAACUUGGACUACGUGCUCACAUGGCUGAUCUUCUUGAACAUUCCUCCUGGGAAAACUAUCUUUCUCGUGUUAUUCAUGAUAAUAACACUUCAGUGCAUUCAGCCACGGCCUACACGCCGGUCGUGAAUAUGUGA